GGAAGUGUGCGUUUCAUUGUUCGCGUUGACUCCGGUGCUGCUCGUGCUCGCUCAGCCUCCUCCCGUCGUCGCCAUGGUGCAGAUGAUGGAGUCGCAGUGCGAGUAUUUCAUGUAUUUCCCGGCGGUGCCCAUCACGGAUCUGUCGGACCCGGCACGGUACCGCACUCUGCCCCGCCGGAGUCACCUCUACCUGGGGGAGACGGUCCGAUUCCUGCUGGUGCUGCGCUGCAGGGACGCUGGGGCGACGCCAACCGAGCACGGCCCCGGGGGCGCUGAGGGCACUGCAGCCGGUUUUGGGACGGAGUCAGCCAGUAGCCGGGCGUGGAGGGAGCUGGCCGGCUCUCUGUGCGCCGUGGCCAGCGUGAGUCCCGGUGAGAGCAGCCGCCAUCGAGGCAACCACCACCAGCAUCACCAUGACUACCAGAGCAGCGGGGACGAGGCCAACGAGGACGGCGAGGAAGACUACAUUGCAGCGGCGGAGGCAGCCAUCGCAGCGCUCGGCAGCAGGGUGGACUCCCGGUGUCGGAGCUUCAGGGACUGCAAGCCGUUGCUCAUCCACAACUCAUCUGGGACGGCGGCGAGGGAGUUCCGCAGGGCGCCUGUUCAGUCUCCUCUGGACGAGCCGGUGGUUUUGACGGAUGAAGUCAUCUUCCCCCUCACCGUCUCUCUGGACAAACUCCCCGUCAGCACGCUGAAAGUCAAGGUGAUGGUCACGGUGUGGAAGAAGGAGGCGGAGAAAGCCGAGGUGCAGGAACUCGGAUACCUGAGCGUCCUGCAGCAACGAGAGCCAACACACACCUUCAGACACGACCUGAACACCUUCAAGGCUCAGGUGAGCACUACUCUGACCGUCCUGCCGCCUCCCACCGUCCGCUGUAAGCAGAUGACCGUCUCUGGGAAGCACCUUGCCGUCCUCAAAGUGUUGAAUGAGUCUUCUCAGGAGGAGUUGAGUGUUCGGGAUGUUCGUAUUUUACCAAAUCUCAAUGCCUCCUACCUUCCCAUGAUGCCCGACGGCUCCGUGCUGCUGGUGGACAACGUGUGCCACCAGUCAGGGGAGGUCGGCAUGGCGUCUUUCUGCAGGGUGGAAAGCCUGGCCUGCCGCCUUCCCAGCAUGCUCAGCGCUUUGGAGGAGCACGACUUCCUGUUCCAGCUGCACCUCAACGACAUGCCGCAAGAUGACUCCAACGAGGGGCUGGAGGUUCCCCUGGUCGCUGUGCUGCAGUGGUCAACUCCCAAGAUGCCUUUCACCAACUGCAUCUACACCCACUACAGGUUGCCCAGUAUCCGUCUGGACCGGCCUCGGUUCGUGAUGACAGCCAGCUGUCCCAGCACCGUCAGAGUGAAGGAACACUUUAAGGUCAAAUACGUUCUGCUCAACAACCUGCAGGACUUCCUGGCUGUCCGGCUCGUCUGGACUCCAGACGGUCGCGGUCCGGUGGAUGACUCCCCGCUGGCUGCGGUCGUCUGUCACAGUCCGCUCAGUAACCUCGGCCACUGUCGGAAAGGCAGCACGCUGUCCUUCAGCGUGGCCUUCCAGAUCCUCAAACCAGGACUCUACGAGCUGAGUCAACACAUGAAGUUGAAGCUCCAGUUCACGGCCUCGGUGUCCAACCCUCCGCCCGACGCUCGCCCGCUGUCACGUAAAAACAGCCCGUCCAGCCCGGCGUUUCGAGACCUGCUGGACCGCCACCAGGCCAGUCUGGGUCGGUCUCAGUCCUUCUCCCACCAGCAGCCGUCUCGAUCCCACAUCAUGAGGACGGGCAGUGUCAUGGAGCGACGGGCCAUCACCCCUCCCGUUGGCUCUCCAGUCGGCCGACCUCUCUACCUGCCUCCUCAGGACAAAUCUCUGCUGACGCUGGACAAGAUCGCCAAGAGGGAGUGUAAAGUCCUGGUGGUGGAUCCUGUCAGCUAGGGACCAUCACUGAAACUUAAACUGCUGCUUCGUGUCUUUUCCUGUCAGGAAGCAUGUUUAAUUUAAAGAGGAGCACGAAGAAUAAGAAGCAAAGUGUCCUGAUGGGAAAACAUGAACAAACACACUGAACAGACUGCACAGGCUUUAAAAUGUCAUAUUUAUUCAUGUAUUAUCAUGUUUUAUGUAUUAUUUAUGC